AUGGCUGGGCUUGGAAAUCAAAAUAACUUACUUUGUGAAUCAUCCAAUGAUGAAAACGACGUUGAUGAUUGUUCCGCAACGCUGCUUGAUCUAAAAGCUCUUGAUUGUCCCAUUUGCACUGAUGCACUUACUACUCCUAUCUUACAGUGUGACAAUGGACAUAUAUCAUGUUCGACAUGCUGUAACAAAUUGAGGAACAAAUGUCCUUCGUGUGCUCUUCCCAAUGGUCACAUUCGUUGCAGAGCAAUGGAGAGGGUUAUCAAGGCAGUCAUUGUACCAUGUCCAAACGUCAAGUUUGGUUGCAAACAGAAGUUUUCUUACGGAGAAGAAUUAACUCAUGAGAAGGAAUGUACUUUAUCGCUAUGUUCAUGCCCUGCACGGAAUUGCAAGUACACUGGCUCUUAUAAGGAUCUAUACUCUCACUUUAAAAUUCACAAAGGUGAACGCGGAUAUAGUUAUCGGUUUACUUUUGGAGAUAAAUUCGCUCAAGUAUACUUUGAAUUGACUGAGUAUACUUCAGUUGUUAUGAAGGAACGUAAGGAUGGUCUGUUGUUUGUUGUUCACUGUUUCACUGAACCACAUGGUGUUUAUGUGACUGUAAGCUGUAUUGCUCCUUCUGCUCUGGAAGUUGGUGAGUUCUCCUGUCACAUCUCCACCUUUCUGGAAAAAUAUAAUAUGACGUUUGAUUUGCCAAAGGUCAAGAAAAUUCAGAAAUUGAAUUUCCAAACCCCUGAAGAAGAUUUUAUGUUGGUUCCCACCUAUUUCUUGCAUGGAAGUCAAGCAUUGAAGUUGAGGAUUUGUAUCAGCAAGUUGAACCAAGAGUAA